CUCUUGGUAUGUAGGUUUAUUUAGACCCACAGCAUAUCUGACACUUUCAGCAGGGUUGCACAAGAAACGUCAUCUUCAUUGCCUUGGUGUUCCAGAAACUGCACCUGAAAAUACGCUCCAGUCAUGCUCUCCUUUUCACCCCCACGCCUUUUCUACCUGAGCCUCCUUCUCUUCCUGUCCUUCGCCUCCCCUGUCCUCUCCUGUCAGACUGGGACCCGCAGCCAGUGUAUAUCUGCGCCAUUUGUACCAGGACACAAUCUGGUAGGAGAGGGCUUCGAUGUGGUCACCCUGCAACGCAAAGGAGCCUACGUUAUUAAUGUGAACAACUACCUGACCCCAGAGGGCCAAUGUACACUUUGCCCUAAUCCACUGCAGGGCAACAUUUUACAGAAGAUACCAGCCUCUGCACUGGACUGGCACACAUUCAGCCGCUGCAACGAUCAACUCCAAAGCAGUAUGCACACCUCUGUCAGCUCACUGGUCGACUCGUACACCGACCAGGACAGCAGUGACUGGGAAGCUGGACUAGAUGAGAGGAAGUGGCUCGGCCAGGUGGUGGGGGGAACACGCUCUGCUGUGUAUAACUUUGCUACAGCAAAGAACAGAGAAGACCGCUACACCUUCAGCUCUCACACAGCCACCUGUGCCAAGUACAGUUACCGUGUCUUGAGCAGACCGCCCCUCAGCUGUGAGUUCAGCAGAGAUAUCGAAACACUGCCCUUGUAUUACAACUCCUCAACCAGGGCCCAGUACAGGCAGCUAAUAGGGACCUAUGGCACACAUUAUAUCCGCCAGGUUGACCUGGGUGGCCGUGUCAGGAGGGUGACAGCGACACGUACAUGUUUGUCCAGACUGAUUGGCCUAUCAGUGAACCAGGUCCACAACUGCUUAACAGAGGGCAUCAGCGUAGGCUUGGGAAAGAUCAAUGUGACAGCUAAUCAAAGGAACUGUGACAAAGUCUUUCAGAACCACGGUGUCUCUGCCUCAUCCAGCCUCAGCCUCCGAGAGCACAUGACUGAGGUGGUGGGAGGCAGUGACUGGGUGGGGGAGUUUUCACUCACCAGCAAUGACUCCCUGGGCUACCAAAAUUGGCUGAAAACUCUUAAGGAUCACCCUGAUGUUGUAAAGUAUUACCUAGGACUAAUGUACGAGCUGGUGUCAAACAGGACACAGAAACUAGGACUGAAGGCUGCCACAGAAGACUACUUAAAGGAGAACGCCCUCAGCACACCCAACCAACCAAACUGCAAUGGUCAAUCUAACCUGGACCACAACUGCUGUCCAUAUCAGGCCUGGAGAGGAACGCUGGUGGUGACCAUCGUUCGAGCCUGGAAUCUGAAAGGAGAUAUUGUGGGCAACACUGACGCGUACGCAAAGAUGUGGUAUGGCUCCUCUUACCGCAGGACUCACAUGAUCCGGUCAAACAAUCCUCGCUGGAACGCACAGUAUAAUCUGGGCAAGGUGGACACACGUUCGGGUCUGAAGGUUGAAGUCUGGGAUGAGGACGUGCGCUAUGAUGACCUUUUGGGAUCAUGCGUGAGGUACCUGAGGCAGGGGGCCCAAAGGUACACGUGUCCAGCAAAGAAUGGUGGUGUGGAGAUACAAUACACUCUAACCUGUGAUCGCCACCUGACUGGAGACAGGUGUGACCGAUACAAACCAUCUCCACAGUGAGAAAUGGACAGCAUGCACUAUCAAAAAUGUUGAUAAUUUGCACUAUAAAAGGUACGAUUAUGUUCCUGAAAGGCAAUGAGCCAAACUGUAACAACAUCUCAACAGCUAUGAAGCUAUCACAAUUUCCUUUAACUACUAAGUGUAAUAUUUUUGGUGCACUAUAAACUGAUGGCCUAGCAGUGCAAUUAAGGGUUUGACCUUAACUUUUUUCUCACUUUUGUUUUGUGACAUCUUUAUUGGAAUAUCUGUAUGUUGACAUAAAACAAAGCAUUCAGUUAGACAUGUAUGUUCAAAUACGAAAAUGAUUUGUUUUGUACAGAAAAAGUAAGUUUCUUUCCCAUUUCAUUAUUCUCUUACCAUGUUUUAUCUUUCUUUUUGUUUUUGUUAAACUUGUAUGAAAUGUAUUUGUAUAGCAUUUUCUGUAUUACUUUUUAAAUGAUAUAUAGAAAAAUAUUGCAAACGCUGAUAAUGAUCUUGGCUAUAAUUCCAAAGAACUGAAAUACAACCUUUGUGCUAUAAAAUAAUUUUUUGAAGGUUUGUAUAUUUAUAGCAUCCUAUUAUUUUUCAACCUUAGUUAAGCAUUUUUUUCAGUUUUUAUCCUUGCAUGAAUUGCCCUUAUUUAGUAUUGCAUUGUUUGUACUUUGAUGUUAUUAUUUCUGAAUUUUAUUGAU